AUGGCGAAGGUGCUCAAGAAAGUACGGGCACUUCCUUCUGAGCCAUCAGCCAACGAUGUUUUGAAAGUGGAAUACAUCGAGGUUAAUUUGAACAACUCACGUAAACUUAUAAACAGUGUUACUUCCGCAAGCUCGACUAGUCAAGAGACUGUUAAAGAAACCGAGGCAAUCGUGGAGGACAUGCUUGGAUUGCGGAAUGCCAGGGCGGAACUUGCAUGGCUUGAUAAGAUUAUAGAUGAGAGAUGUGAGUAG